AUGUUUGCCCUUCCGUUGAGUACUGUUCAACAAUGCAGACAUGCGUUCUCCCUUCUCGACGCAGAAAACAAGGGAUAUGUUACAACCAAAGAUUUAGAAAUUGUACUGCAAGCACUCCGAGUGCGAAUUGAUCCAAGUGAUUUAGAAGAUCUCAUCAAUGAAGUGAAGGCUUUGGAUCGUUUCGUAUUAGAUUCCUUGUAUGAAGGCUAUUCAUCCAUCAUCACGAAUAAUAAUAAUUCCGAUUUUAAUGAUGACGAAAGUGUGGGCGAGAGUCAUGAUGAUGAGAAUUUCCAAAAUAAUGAAAUUGUGUUAUCGGAAUCCUCCAAGCAACAAGAAGCAGAUCAAGAAAUUACUACUGCAACGUCCACUACUACGCCCACAUCAAUGUCUAGUUUACCUGGAGCGCAAGAUGCAAAAUCUCCUCUCCUCUCCAAACGAAAAUUGAAAAAAGCAAAUCAAUAUGUGGAAUAUCGAUAUGCCUUUGACUUGCCAGAGUUUAUUGCCUUCGUGGCCUAUGCAGUACAGAGAGAAUUUCCAGAUGUGGAAGAACGAUUAAGAACUAUUGAGCUACAAAAUAAGGAAUUGGACGCGAUCAAUGAUGAUGAAGAAGGUACCAAGCAAAAUCAACAACAACUCUUUAAAGAUUUGAAUGAAUUAUUUGUGAUUUUUGAGGACAAAACCAAACCUGGAUAUAUGACCAUGGAAUCGUUAAGAAACUCGAUGGAAAAGGUUGGAGAGUAUUUACCAACACAUGUAUUUGAAGAAAUGUUUUAUGAAAUUGAUUUUGCAAAGACUGGAACAAUUUCCAAAGAACAAUUCUUGUCUAUAUUUUCUGAGUAA